CAACCUCUGCAACAGGCUGUGGGCGGAAAGGAGGAGCCAGAGAAAGUGGCGUCUGGGCAGAGAGGCCCGGGACCCGCAGAGGCCCCCUGCUCUGCUGGCUCCGCCUCUGCCACCCCCACCCCCACUAGGUGUAGAAAUACUGCUGCAGUCCGGGCCACCGCCCACUGCACUGCGACCCCUUAAGGACUUCGUCUCCCAGUCUCAGCAGCUGACCCUGCUCUACGCUGAUGGCUAAAGGUCCCUUUCAGCGCAAGCCCUGGGGUCCAGAGCAGAUGUAUUUCGACUCUGACCCUGAGUCCGAGGGCCUAUUCGAUAAGCCGCCCCCGGAGGAGAGCUACAGUGCCCGCGCACCCAAGUCGGCGUCCUGGGCUAGCCGGAAAUCUGGUCGGCGCGCGGGCGGGAGGGCUCCUGGGACCCGCGCUGGGCAGUCCCGGAAGGCCGCCGUGCGCCCCGAGCCUGAGGAAGAGGAGACUCUGGUGGAGGAGAGCUGCUACCUCGACCACUUCCCGCACCUCUCCAUCUUCAUCUACGCGACCAUCGCCCUCUCCAUCACUUCCUGCAUUUUCACCUAUAUCCAUUUGCAGUUUGCCUAAGCGGCCUGGGUCCGACGGGGUGGCCGCAGAGUCGGGGUGGGGGUGGGGGCGGUUGGGGUAAGGGAACACGCAGCCUUUUGUUUUGGAGAUGCGCUGCACCCCUUCCAUCUAGCCUUUGAUGCUUUUCUUUGUUGUUGCUUUGUCUAACUGUUCAUCAGAAGGUCCAAAGUCGCUGCCGGCAAUGAAUCGACGGUGUUGCUAGCACCCACGCAUUGAGUGCAAUUAGUCUCUAACGUUUACGAUCCUGGAUUGGAUUGAACCCCAUUUGUAAUUAAGAUGACGUCUCUAUAUCCUACCACUUUGUGACGUGAGGGCCCAGUGUUUUUGUGUUUGUAGAGCAAAGAAUGAGUCCAGCCUUCUGUUGCUUAAAGGAUGAACCAGCCCCGAGCCCGCGGCCUCCCAGAGGUUACCGAGGGAAUUGGCGCCCUAGGUGUAGCGCUGGAGCCCCAUGAUGCUGCGACGCUCCAGAAUGAGCCAGUUUUGUUUAGGAGCUGUUUCAGUCAGAACUCUGCACACCAAGCUGGCGGACCUGGGAGAGCAGCGGGUAUGGCUGGAAGCUGGAGGUUUUGUGGCUACCAGGAGGACCCAAGGUCUGUAGUAAGCGGAGCUGAACAUCAGAAAGCCAACGCUCAAGACAGUUUUGGUUUUUUUUUUGGACUGUGUGGAACGGGACAACAGACCUUCAGGGACGGAGGACUAGAAUUCAUGGAUUCCGUGAGAUGAGACCGAGGGCCUUCCUUUGCUGGGGUCCAUGGGGGGACUAUGCUAGAGAAUUCUCAGGCGACUUCAUUUCAGCCUGGAGGCCCUCUGAAGCUAAGGGGCCAAGAUGAAGGGGCUGGGUUUGGGGACUGUCGUUAACAAGAGUUCCUGCUGGACUUGUCACCUCAGACUCAAAAAAGUAAAUACCAGAACUCAUCUUUGCAGGUUAUUCGCCUACCUACUUUGUUUACUCGUGAAUGUCAGUUGUUCAAAUGCAGCACUCCAACACUGCUAUACUUUAUGGAAAUGUCCACAAUUGUGGUAUAUCUGAUGGAAUAAAUCACAUUCUCAGUCUCC